AUGGAUACAGUCCGUGUUGAUGUACUCAAUGAUCACAUAGGUGUCGAGGAGGAAGAAGACUAUCGCGAUGCAUUUAGUAAUGAUGACGAUGACAUGAUUGAUGUCCAGACUUCUGGUGAUGAACUUCCAGAUGAAGAUGAUAUGUCAUUUUACGGUUGUUUUAAGUCAACUUCCAGUAUACUCCAAAACAAAAUGGUUGCAACAUGCUUUCCAAUGAUGCUAAUUACAGAUGUUUGCUCAGCUUGCUUUGAGCAGCGCACAGUUUUCACACAACAGGUCUUGGCAAAGGCCUUGAACCAAAUGGUUGACCAAACCCCUUUACCUCUUCUCUUCAUGAGUACAGUAAUUCAAGCAAUUGAUGUUUUUCCUUCGCUGAUUGCUCAACAAUCGAUGGUGAUCAUUUGGUGCAUGGAGAUACAAUAUUGGAGUAGGAGAUAGGAGAUGAACAAUGUUUUUGGAGGACAAAACUACUAUUUGCCUUUUGUUUUGGUACUUCUAGAUGGAAGAAGAAGGAUGCCUUUAGUUUUCGGUAUAUAACAGUACAUAUUACAAGUAGUCCCUGGAAUAUGGUUUUUGUUCGAGGUAUUGAAGAAGACUAAGGUUAAGAUACUAUGUUUUGACUAUUUGAAAUGGUUUUAAAUUGAUGUUAUGCUAUUGCCUCUUU